AUGGUUACCACGCCUGACGAUAUCUGUAAGACGACCGACGCCUCGGAAUUCUGCAUGUCGAGGUUUAGUCGGUAUAUGGAAGCUCUCGCUCAGCUGCCGUCGGUGCAUCUUAUGCGCCCUGCGACUAUUCGAACUCCUGAGGCACGUGAGAUCGCUUUGUGCAGCCAAGAUCCUGAUGAAGCUGUUGGUGGUGAUCGUAUUCGAAGUGUCUCUGUUGGUCUGAACAAUGGCUUACCUAAUACGAUGGUCUUCUACUGUGCGGUAUGUCAUUCGCCUGUUCUUGUGAACUGUGCUAUUCUAAGCGACAAUUAUCACGGUGGAAGAGGACCGGCUUUCCUCGUUGACUGGGUCAUGCAUCCCAUGAUAGUCGAGGAGAGGCUCGCAUAUACUACAACCUUCACAACAGGAAGAUAUGUCGUGUGUGAUGUCAAGUGCAGCACUUGCAAUUCGGCUGUGGGGAAGAAGUACUUAGCGCCUAUGGAUCCCACGAACGUCUUCAAGGCCAACAAAUUCCUCAUCGAGCAAGCCGCCUUGUAUGUCCCUGAAUGUUGCCGAAAGUCGGCACAGCGGGGGGUGUACUCACUGAAAGAACAACCUAGUCCAAGCGAUGAGAUCUGUACCCGAUGCCUCGCUAGAACUAGAAGGGCUACCGCUGAAGCAAUUCUUCGGAUCACUGCUGACUUUGCAAUUCCUCGUGUUGGUCUGUUGUAUGAUGUGAUGCAAGAGCAGGCUUCAGCGUGGUCUGGGGCUUCUUGGUCAUUGGUCAAGCCAAUAGCAGUUGUCCGUAGUCACAGUGAAGGCUUCCUCAAACGCGCGUUACGAUUCGUCAUUGGUGACCGCCCUGGCAAAAGCUCCUCCUCAGCGACGGUGCCACUAGUGAGCGAGAAUGAUUGUGGAAAGAAUACGAGGUAUAAAGAGAAGCUAUCUGGUUGUUUGGCAAGAAUGCUGGUUUGGGUGGUCACUGCUGAGGACUCGACGUGUGAGAGACGUAACACACUGCAGAUGCUGCUCGACGAUGGCAUUGUUGAGGCCAUUUCGAAGGUCACCAGCUCUGCUAAACCUGGUCGUAUUCUAGAGCAAGCCGCAUGGUAUGAUAAAAUCAUCAUUCUCGAGGGCCUCAUUCGUGGCAUUUCUCUGUCGCCCGCUCAUAGAGGGGACGCUCUGUCUGUGCGCCAAGCGAGGUCCCUGGUGUAUGAAGUCCGACGGAAGUGGAUUGACUCGCCCGGGACCAUCGCCGCCCCGUUGGACUCGGCUCAACUACGCCGUAUGCCUACAGUGACAGAGGUUCACCGCGAGGAAGAGUCCAGGAUUCUCAUGACAAUAGAGCGACUUCGUCGAAGCAAUCCCUUGGCACACCUUCGCACGUCGAGAAGCGUCGGAGCUGGUGACAAGAACAUGGAGCGAAGGUUAUCAUUGCUGGUCACAGCGGUUGCCAAUGUGACUGAGGACGUUAAUGAAAGAGAUGAUAGAUCCCGACUUCGAAUAAAAAAUGAACUUGGUGCUAUCCUCGGCCUUCCUGCAGAGAAUUUGCAGUCGAGGAGCUCAAGUGUUGACAUGUGGCCUCCCGAAAACACGGGAUUCUGUGGCCCAAGGUUGUUCAGCAGACAUUAG